GUCUCUGCCUCACUGCAGUCCAGUCCUGACCGCCCCUCUGUGUGCUGCUGUGUUAGCUGUUAGCGCUCCCUUCUCCGGCGACAUGAGCAUCAAGUACAGCACCUCUUAUUCUGUGCGCAGUGGCGCCGCCAUGCCGUUUGCUGGCAUCUCCGCCAGCCGCGCCGUGCCCGCCUACCGGGCCGCCAGCAUCCACGGCGGGGCCGGGGGCCAGGGGACCCGGAUCUCCUCCGCCUCCUACUCCGGCCUGCGCAGCAGCGUGGCCCCCGGGGCCUCCUUCUCCUCCUUCCAGCUGAGCGCCGGCGGUCUCGGCCUCGGAGCAGGGGCCGGGGCCAGCGCCGGGGUCGGCGGCGCCGGGGUCGGCGGCGCCGGGGCCGGAGGCGUGGGUUUGAUCCUGGGCAACGAGAAGGGGGCCAUGCAGAACCUGAACGACAGGCUGGCCAACUACCUGGAGACGGUGCGCAACCUGGAGCAGGCCAACAAGAAGCUUGAGGUGCAGAUCCGGGAGGCCCUGGAGAAAGGGGGACCCGACGCUCGCGACUACAGCCGCUACAACACCAUCCUGGAGGACCUGCGCAAACAGGUGUUUGAUAUGACAGUAGACAACGCCCGCCUCGUGCUCCAGAUCGACAAUGCCCGCUUAGCCGCGGAUGACUUCAGAGUAAAGUACGAGUCAGAGAUGUCCAUCCGGCAGUCGGUGGAGGGCGACAUCGUCGGCCUGAAGAAGGUGAUCGAUGACACCAACAUGGGUCGCCUGAAUCUGGAGAGCGAGAUCGAGGCGGUGAAGGAGGAGCUCGUCUUCCUCAAGAAGAACCACGACAACGAAGUCAUGGAGCUGCGUAACCAGAUAGCGCAGUCAGGUGUGCAGGUUGACGUGGACGCCCCCAAAGGACAAGACCUGAGUCAGGUGAUGGAGGACAUGAGGGCGAACUACGAGAAGAUGGCGCUCAAGAACGCAGAGGAGCUCAAAGCCUGGCACGAAACUCAGAUCUCAGAUGUGCAGGUCCAGGUUUCUCAGAACACAGAAGCUCUUCAGGGGGCCCGAACAGAGAUGGGUGAUCUGCAGAGACAAAUACAGACGCUGGAGAUUGAACUCGCAUCACAGAAGAGCUUGAAAGCCUCUCUGGAAGACACCCUGAGGGACACAGACCUGCGUUACAACAUGGAGAUGGAGAAGUACAACUCCAUCAUCCUGCAGCUGGAGGCAGAGCUGACCCAGCUGCGGGCCAGCAUCCAGCAGCAGGGCAAGGAGUACGAGGCCCUGCUCAACAUCAAGGUCAAGCUGGAGGCCGAGAUCACCACCUACAGGAGGCUGCUGGACGGGGGGGACUUCAGGCUUCUAGAUGCUCUCGAUGAGGUGAAGGCAUGAGGGCAGUGAAGGGGAAACUGAUGUCUUUUAACAGCAAGCCUGGUUGCCUGGACAACCCAAAAAAGCAAGCAGAAGAAUGUCAUGAGCUUCUGUAACCCUUUAACUCCCAUGCUCCAGAACCCCUGCCCACAUGUCAUACCCUCCCCCGCUAC